AUGGAAGAAGGAGAGAAAAGCCAACACUGUGUGAUGGAUGAAUCCCAAAACGGCACGAGCAUUUGGGUUACGGAAUGUGACCCAUCAAUAAAACCAGCUGUCGACCAGGUGUUUGCUACAUUGGAAGAUGGUAUUGCGUACUACAAAACAUAUGCAUCCGUAACUGGGUUUGAUGUGCGCAAGAGUUCCGACAUAAAGAACAGGUACGGGAUCAUCCUGAAGAAUAAACUAGUGUGCAAUCGUGAAGGGUAUAAAGAUGCAAAACCAAACACCACAACAAAACAAAAUACCACCACACAAACAAAACGACGACGCCCGUCCAACAGAGUUGGGUGCAUGGCCAAAAUAGUUUUCAGAAGAGACAGUAUGGGAAAGUACGUGGUCAAGAAGUUUGAAGAGGGGCACACUCACUGUUUGUGCGAGGAGAGUUACAAAUCUUUCUUGAAGGGGAACAGGAAACUAGAUAUUGGCCACCAACAAUUCAUCGCGAACUGCUCAAAAGUCAAUAUUGGGGCUAGUAAAAGUCAUGACCUGUACGCCGAGAUGGUGGGUGGAGUUGAAAACGUGGGAGCGACACAACAAGACUUCAAGAACUACAUAAGGGAGAUUCUGGCGUACAUGCAAGGAGGAGAUGCACAAAUGCUUAUAUCCAAAUACCUCGAUCUGAAAUCGGACUAUGACGAUAUGUAUUUUGAAUACGAGGCAAACGAGAAUGACCAGUUGGCACGUGUUUUCUUGGCAGACGGUAUGGCAAGAAAGCAAUAUAGUGUUUUCGGAGAUGUUGUGUCAUUUGACGCUACAUACAAAACUAACAGGUACAGUCUCGUGUUUGUUCCAUUCACUGGUAUAGACCACCAUAAAAAAUGCGUAACAUUCGCAGCAGCACUGAUUGCGCGAGAGGAUGUCGACUCGUACUAUUGGAUACUAAAGAACUUUAGAAACGCAAUGGGAAGCACACCACCACUCACAAUAACCGACCAAGACCCGGCGAUGAAGGUUGCAAUUGCACGAGAAUUCCCAGAAACUCGCCAUCGUUACUGUAUGUGGCAUAUAAUGGCGAAGGUUAGCGAUAAAGUGAGUCCUGAAUUAGCCAAAAAUGAAGCAUUCCGACGAGAGCUGAAUGAUGUCAUUUGGAAUGACAGCUUGACUACCGCCAAAUUUGAGGUUGCAUGGAAAGGAGUUAUGGAAAAAUUUGGCUUAAUUGAAAAUCCAUGGCUAAACCGUAUGUACGACGAGCGCGCAUCGUGGAUCCCUGCAUGUUUUGAAGGUGUUUUUAUGGGCGGGCUAGUGCGUACAACCUCACGCUCUGAAGCAGAGAACCGGAUUUUCAAAAGCAACACUAGCAAACAUCUCUGUGUUUCGGAAUUUUUUAACAGGAUAGAGAGUACAAUUAGAAAGCAACGCCUAACACAAAUCGAGCUAAACGGUGCCAGCAUCGCGCAAACACCCCCCUACAAAACCCAAUUGCGCAUUGAGCGAGCAGCAGCUUCACUAUAUACAUUAACUGUGUUUUAUGAUGUGCAGAAGGGGAUAUGUGCCGGAUGUUUUGAUUGCCGGGUCCGUGCUGUCACACACGGUGAGGCCGGGAACACAUAUGAGGUCGAGGAUGAGCAGGAGGUACGAUACACGGUGUUCGUUGAACAUGGGACAAGGACGACAACCUACGAGUGCCGAAUGUACAACCGGAUUGGACUGUUGUGCAGCCAUGCGUUUGCAGUGUUAAUAUAUGACAGGAACGAGGAUAUACCCCCGCAACAUAUCACCCCCCCGGUGGACACGAACCGCACUAACCUCUUCACCAAUAAAAACGUGCAAUGA